CCCGGCCAGGGCGGGCGGAGCCUCCACCGCCGCCAAUGCGGGCGGGGCCGCGGCGUCUGCGCCGGCCCGGUCGUGCGGCCCAUCCGGCUGCCGAGGCGCCCAGACAUGUGGAGCCGCUACCGGGCGGCUGGGGGGCUGCUGAGCCGUGGCCGGUCUUUAGUUCAGAAGUCAUGGAGGUGGAGGAGCGUUCCAGCUGACGAACGAGCGCUGCGGUACCGGGUGGGCGAGCAAAUCCACGGGUUCACUGUGGAGCAGGUGACAGCUGUUCCUGAGCUGUUCCUGACUGCAGUGAAGCUUAGUCAUGAUGGAACAGGAGCCAGAUAUUUACAUGUGGCACGGGAGGACUCCAAUAACCUGUUCAGUAUCCAAUUCCGAACCACUCCACUGGACAGCACAGGGGUCCCGCACAUCCUUGAGCACACUGCGUUGUGUGGUUCUCAAAAGUAUCCUUGCAGAGAUCCAUUCUUUAAAAUGUUAAACAGGUCACUGUCCACUUUCAUGAACGCAUUCACAGCUAGUGAUUACACGCUCUAUCCAUUUUCAACACAAAAUCCCAAGGAUUUUCAGAAUCUCCUCUCAGUGUACUUGGAUGCAGCUUUUUUUCCAUGUUUGCGUCAACUAGAUUUCUGGCAAGAAGGUUGGAGGUUAGAACAUGAGAACCCAGCUGACCCCCAGACACCUCUCGUCUUCAAAGGAGUUGUUUUUAAUGAAAUGAAAGGGGCAUUUACAGAUAAUGAGAGGAUAUUUGCACAGCACCUGCAGAAUAAAAUCCUUCCUGAUCACACUUAUGGUGUAGUAUCUGGCGGAGAUCCAUUAUGUAUUCCUGAUCUCACAUGGGAGCAGCUUAAACAGUUCCAUGCUACGCAUUAUCAUCCGAGCAAUUCCAGAUUUUUCACUUAUGGUAAUUUUCCACUGGAGCAACAUUUGAAACAAAUACAUGAGGAAGCACUGGUAAAAUUUGAAAGAAUUGAAUCAAAUACUGACAUCCCAAGACAGAAACUCUGGGAAAAGCCUAGAGAACACAGUGUAACAUGUGGCUUAGACUCAUUUGCUGCCGACCCUUCCAAGCAGACAACUGUCAGUGUCAGCUACUUGUUGACAGAUAUUACAGACACUUUUGAAACAUUCACACUAAGCUUGUUGUCUUCACUGUUGGUUGAUGGGCCAAAUUCUCCUUUCUACAAAGCCUUGAUUGAGUCUGGUGUUGGUACAGAUUUUUCUCCUGAUGUUGGGUUUAAUGGCUCAACAAGAGAAGCUUAUUUCAGCGUGGGUCUACAGGGUAUUGCUGAAAGAGACAUUGAUACUGUGAAACAGAUAAUUGCUAGAACCAUUGAUGAAGUUAUAGUGAAAGGAUUUGAGGAAGACAGGAUUGAAGCUCUACUUCACAAAAUUGAAAUCCAGCUGAAGCAUCAAUCUACGAGUUUUGGACUUGCCCUGACAUCUUAUAUAGCUUCCUGCUGGAAUCAAGAUGGGGAUCCGGUGGAGCUUCUGAAGAUUGCAGAUAAAGUGUCUCGGUUCAGGCAGUGCCUUAAAGAAAAUCCCACAUUUCUUCAGGAAAAAGUUAAAACAUAUUUUAAGGAUAAUCCACAUAGACUGACCCUGUCAAUGAGUCCAGAGAAAGACUACCAUGAUAAGCAAGCAAAAUUGGAAGCAGAAAAGCUGGAAAAAAAGAUCAAUGCUCUUUCUGAAGAAGAAAAAACCCAAAUCUUUGAAAAAGGUUUGGAAUUAAUUGCUCUUCAGAGCAAACCUCAGGAUACCUCUUGUCUCCCAGCUCUAAAAGUGUCUGACAUUGAGCCCAAAAUCCCAUUCACUGUGCUGGAAACAACACUCACAGCUGAUGAAAUUCCUGUCCAGUACUGUGCUCAGCCAACCAACGGGGUGGUUUAUUUCAGAGCUGUUUCCAGCUUGAACACGCUUCCCGAAGAGCUCAAGCCAUAUGUGCCGCUCUUCUGCAAUGUCAUCACAAAGAUGGGAUGCGGAGCCCUUGAUUACAGGGAACAAGCCCAGAAAAUCGAACUGAAAACAGGUGGGAUGUCUGUCAGCCCACAUAUCAUUCCAGAUGAUUCACACCUGGAUGUGUAUGAACAGGGUGUGCUCUUUUCAUCUCUCUGCUUGGAUAGAAAUCUGCCAGACAUGAUGCGUUUGUGGAGUGAAAUAUUUAACAACCCCCGGUUUGAGGAGGAAGAGCAUUUCCGAGUGCUGGUUAAAAAGACUGCCCAGGAGCUGUCAAAUGGGGUUCCGGAUUGUGGGCAUUUAUACGCCUCUGUUAGAGCCAGCAAAAACCUCACGCCUUCUGGAGAACUGCAGGAAAUGUUCAGUGGGAUGGAUCAGGUGAAGUUAAUGAAGAGAAUAGCAGAAAUGUCCGAUAUUAAACCAAUACUGCGCAAACUGCCACGCAUUAAGAAGUAUUUAUUAAACAGUGACAACAUCAGGUGUUCAGUGAAUGCAGCACCUCAACAGAUAUCAGAAGCAUCUAAAGAAGUAGAGAAAUUUAUAAAAAGCAUUGGUAGAAGUAAAAAAGAGAGAAAACCUGUUCGUCCCCAUGUCAUUGAGAAAUCUUCUGAAGUCAGACCCAUGGGAAGCGAAAUGCUCACUGGCUUGCAGAUCACAAGGAAACUGGUUAAUGAUCCUACUUUCAAACCGUGCCAGAUGAAGACCCAUUUCGUACUGCCCUUCCCAGUGAACUAUGUCGGGGAAUGCAUUCGAACCGUUCCCUACACAGCUGCAGACUAUGCCAGCCUUCGAAUUCUUGCACAGUUGAUGACAGCUAAAUUCCUACAUAGAGAAAUCAGAGAGAAAGGAGGGGCUUAUGGUGGAGGUGCCAAACUUAGUCACAGUGGCAUAUUCACUUUCUACUCCUACAGAGACCCGAAUUCCUUAACGACCUUGAAAACAUUUGAGAAAGCAGUCGAAUGGGCCAAAUCUGGAGAGUUCACGCAGCAGGAUAUUGAUGAAGCUAAGCUAGCAGUAUUUGCUGCUGUAGAUGCACCAAUAGCUCCUUCAGAUAAAGGAAUGGGUCAUUUCUUGUAUGGGAUUUCUGAUGAAAUGAAGCAGUCACACAGAGAACAACUUUUUGCUGUCAACAGUGAUAACCUGGUUGAUGUAUCAAACAAGUAUCUUGCAGCUGGGAAGAGCACUCGUGGUCAAGCCGUACUUGGCCCAGAAAAUGCAGAUAUCACCAAAGAUCCCUCAUGGGUCAAAAGAUGAAUUGCUGCUGAACAUGCACGCUAAUACAGAACCAGCGAGUCUGUGUGACUACAUCAUUAGUUUUUUUGUAGUAACUUUUAACGUGCUAUGGUCCAACUUCUGUGUUCAUUGCCGCCUUGAACAGCGACCAACAAAACAGUUAAAAGCUGUCCGUUAAACAACUAUGUGAAAAAUUUUCUAACCAUCCAGUAGUUGAGAGCAAGAAUGAUUUGCUGUUAUGGCAAAGACAGACGUGAUAUUUUACUGAAGACUCACUCCCCCAAUUGCAUAUGAAUACUAUAUAAAUUAAUAUUUUUGUAUAUGUAAUACUCUAGAGUUUUAAAUGGUGUUUGUUUGAAAUUAUGUCUGCUGUUGGAUCUAUAAAGAACUGUCUCUCAUACAGA